AUUCGCAUAUUUCUCAGACCCUCUUCAGACCAUGCCCGCCGCAAUGACCCCAGUCACACUCGCUCAGACAAGACGCACGCGCGCAAUCCGCCUGGCUGCCGCUGCUGUCGCGGCUACCACCGCUGCAGGCCUCGCAUUCACGACCACCUCCACAAAAGUAGCAUACCCGACCACACCAAGAUUGUCCACCGCUUUGCCGCAGCCGCAAAUCACCCUCCAGACAAAAUCAGUCCCAGCAACCCGAGCUGCUCCGAAACCGGCACAGCAUUUGCUCGGCGGAACAGUCGGCGGCAUCAUGGGCAUUGUGGCCUCGUAUCCGUUCGAUACAGUCAAGGUGCGCAUCCAAACGCAGCCACCUGGCUCGGCAUUGUACACGGGCAUGGUCGAUUGCUUCCGCAAAAUCAUCAAGAGCGAAGGUGCACUUGCACUGUACAGCGGCAUGCUGUCCCCCGUCGUAGGCGUCGCAGGCGUCAAGGCAGUCGUUUUUGGCUCGUACGGCGGCAUUUCGCAAUGGCUUCUGGCGCGAAAGCAAGGCGUCGUGGCAGGUUCCGAGCAGCCACAGCAGCAGCAGCAGCCCGUCAAACUGUCUGGCUUUGAGAAUGCGCUUGCCAGCUGCAGCGCUGGUCUCGUGGCGACAAUUGUCGUCACGCCGGUCGAGCGCGUCAAGGUCUCGAUGCAGGCCAGCGGCGGCAAGGCGUUCAAGUCCACUCUGGACUGCGUGCUCUCGCUUGUUCGCACCGCGGGCAUCUCGGGUGGGCUUUUCAAGGGAUUUGUCCCCACAGUACUGCGAGAGGUGCCCUCGUAUGGCGCGUACUUUAUCUCCUACGACAUGGCCAAGCGCGCGUUCUGCCAACCAGGGCAAGACGUGUCCACCCUCAGCCCCGGCUUGCUUGCGCUUGCUGGCGGUAUUGCAGGCGUCAUGGCAUGGGUGCCCAUCUAUCCGAUCGAUGUGAUCAAGUCGCGCAUUCAGGCGCAACCCAGCAGCGCUUUGGUUGCCGCAUCGUCCGGCAGCUCCUCGCGACCCUACUCUGGCGUGGUUGACUGCGCCGUUCGCAGUUAUCGAGCAGAGGGCCUCGGCGUAUUCUUCCGCGGACUCACUCCAACCAUCGCCCGUGCCUUCCCAUGCCAUGCCGCCGUCUUCCUCGGCUACGAGUUGACGCUGCGUUACACUGCACCAUUGUUCGCAUGAUUGUGCCCUGUCUGUUUGUGCGUUGUUGUAAAUUAAUUAUCAUAAUUGCU